AUGAAGGCAUCCACCGUUCUCUUCGUCCUUUCGGCCGCCUUAUUUGUGGCCCAUGUAUGGGGCGCCGAUACCACUACCUCGACGGAAUCUAGCGACCCCACAACCACUACGACUGAAUCUACUACUACGGAAUCUACGACCGAUACAACCUCCUCAUCUUCGUCCUCAGGCACCGGCAGGAUUGUGCGAAUCAGCAACCUGAAAUACUCGGUCACUCGAAGGAUCAAGAUUGGAUCCACCACGGCCUCAACGAGCACCCGUUCCCGCAGUGCCAGGGCCCGCAAGGCUCGCCUGGCCAAGGCCAAGAAGGCUCGUGCCGGCAAGGCAGUCAGGAAGGCCAUCAAGCGAAACUUGAGCAAGAAGGCCAGAAACAACGGCAACGUUCGCGUUUACCGCGGUUAA